GCCAGAAUCUUUGUUCAGCCGCACUGACCAAACAGACUUAGUGGGGUUACCUGCUAAGAACAGUGGCAGCAGCAGCAGCAGCAGCAGCAGCAAGGUUCCUGGGAUAACUCAGGCAUACUUUGACACUAUGGGUCCUCCUAUGAAGCUCUUCAAAAACCAGAAGUACCAGGAACUGAAGCAGGAAUGCAUCAAAGAUAACAGACUUUUCUGUGACCCAACCUUUCUGCCUGAGAAUGAUUCUCUUUUUUACAAUAGACUGCUUCCGGGAAAGGUGGUGUGGAAACGUCCCCAGGACAUCUGUGAUGAUCCCCGUCUGAUUGUGGGAAACAUCAGCAACCAUCAGCUGAUCCAAGGGAGACUGGGGCACAAGUUGAUGGUCCCUGCAUUUUCCUGUUUGGCUGUUCAGGAGUCUCACUGGACGAAGACAAUUCCCAACCAUAAGGAACAGGAAUGGGACCCUCGAAAGCCAGAUAAAUAUGCUGGAAUAUUUCGCUUCCGUUUCUGGCAUUUUGGAGAAUGGACUGAGGUGGUGAUUGAUGAUUUGCUGCCCACCAUCAAUGGAGAUCUGGUUUUCUCCUUCUCCACCUCCAUGAAUGAGUUUUGGAAUGCUCUACUAGAAAAAGCUUAUGCAAAACUACUAGGCUGUUAUGAGGCCCUGGAUGGUUUGACCAUCACUGACAUCAUUGUGGACUUCACGGGCACACUGGCUGAGACUGUUGACAUGCAGAAGGGAAGAUACACUGAGCUUGUUGAGGAAAAGUACAAGCUGUUCGGAGAACUGUACAAAACAUUCGCCAAAGGAGGUCUGAUCUGCUGUUCCAUUGAGUCUCCAAGUCAGGAGGAACAAGAAGUGGAAACUGACUGGGGUCUACUGAAGGGCCAUACCUACACCAUGACUGAUAUUCGCAAGAUCCGCCUUGGAGAAAGACUAGUGGACGUCUUCAGUGCUGAGAAGCUGUAUAUGGUUCGCCUGAGGAACCCCCUGGGAAGACAGGAAUGGAGUGGCCCCUGGAGUGAAAUUUCUGAAGAAUGGCAGCAAUUGACUGUAGCAGAUCGCAAGAACCUGGGGCUUGUUAUGUCUGAUGAUGGAGAGUUUUGGAUGAGCUUAGAAGAUUUUUGCCGCAACUUUCACAAGCUGAAUGUGUGCCGCAAUGUGAGCAAUCCUGUUUUUGGCCGCAAGGAACUGGAAUCGGUGCUGGGAUGCUGGACUGUGGAUGAUGAUCCUCUAAUGAACCGUUCAGGAGGCUGCUAUAACAACCGAGAUACCUUCCUGCAGAAUCCCCAGUACAUCUUCACUGUGCCUGAGGAUGGGCACAAGGUCAUCAUGUCACUACAACAGAAGGACUUACGCACUUACCGCCGAAUGGGAAGACCUGACAAUUACAUUAUUGGCUUUGAGCUCUUCAAGGUGGAGAUGAACCGCAGAUUCCGCCUCCACCACCUCUACAUCCAGGAGCGUGCUGGGACUUCCACCUAUAUUGACACCCGCACUGUGUUCCUGAGCAAGUACCUGAAAAAGGGCAACUAUGUACUUGUCCCAACCAUGUUCCAGCAUGGCCGCACCAGCGAGUUUCUACUGAGAAUCUUCUCUGAAGUGCCUGUCCAGCUCAGAGAACUGACCUUGGACAUGCCCAAGAUGUCUUGUUGGAACCUAGCUCGUGGCUACCCAAAAGUUGUUACUCAGAUCACUGUUCACAGUGCUGAGGGCCUGGAGAAGAAGUAUGCCAAUGAAACUGUAAACCCAUAUUUGGUCAUCAAGUGUGGAAAGGAGGAAGUCCGUUCCCCUGUCCAGAAGAAUACUGUACAUGCAAUUUUUGAUACCCAGGCCAUUUUCUACAGACGGACCACUGACAUUCCUAUUAUAGUCCAGGUUUGGAACAGCCGAAAAUUCUGCGAUCAGUUCUUGGGGCAGGUUACUCUGGAUGCUGACCCCAGAGACUGCCGUGAUCUGAAGUCUCUGUACCUGCGGAAGAAGGGUGGUCCAACUGCCAAGGUCAAGCAAGGCCACAUCAGCUUCAAGGUUAUUUCCAGCGAUGAUCUCACAGAGCUCUAAAUCACCAAUCCCAGAGAAUCCUGACAGAAUUGUCCAUCCUUUUAUUCUAUGUCAGGUGCCAGGUCUUAGCUAAGAUUCAUGAUCAUUGGAAGACAGAAAUUCAUAACAAUUAACUUUUCUUCUCUUCUGAUAAGUUUCCCAUACCUCCCAAUCCAAGUAGCAAAGCAGCUACAUAACCUAUAUACCUCCAGCAGCUGGACAGGGGGAGGUGACAGUCCUAUCUGGAGAUUAUACAUGUUUGCCAAGAAAAGAUAUUUGAGGCUUCCGGGGGUGAGAUUCAAGCAGGACAAUAACAAGAGCCUGGACACCCUACAGAUGCUGUUUUCAGUUGCCCAAUACAUCUCUCCUGCAGGGCAUGUCAAGGAAGGAGAAGGGGUGAUUAAGGUCAAGCUGGUCUAGCCUAACAUCCCUGCUCCUAACUGACACUACAGACUCAGUAGCAGCAUUUCAAAAUACCUAGCAGCCAGGACUGAUUUUACAGUCCCCAGCCUUUUCCACUCCACUGCCACCACCACCACCAUCACCACCACCACCAUCACCUCCGGAAAGUGUAGUCCUGCCCUAACCCAAGUCACCCCCCACAGUAAGUUUUACCUUCAUGUUGAG